AUGCAGUUCAAAGUGCUUGCUCUCCUCUCAGCCCUCGCAGCUAUCGGCUCAGCCCAAGACAUCGACAACAAUGACGUCCCCAAUACCUGCCGAUCUGUCUGCCAGAGCACCAUCGACCUGACCACCCAAUGCGACCGUCAAACCGACGACGACGACGAGGGCUACAUCAACUGCGUCUGCUCCACCACCAACGCGAGCAGCUUCAUCCCCGAGUGCGAGGCCUGCGUCGCCGCCAAUGACGAGGCCGACAACGACGUCCGCGACAUCGUUAGAUCCUGCUCUUUCACCCAAGUCUCCACUUGGAACUCAGGAACUGCCACUGGCACCGCCACCUCCUCCGCUUCCACGUCCUUCAGCAUCACCCUAGCCAGCUCCGUCACGGCCACGGCCACGUCCUCCGGAUCCGGUACCGGUUCUUCGGCCAGCAGCCAGUCGACUGGUACCACUAGCAGCAGCAGCAGCAGCAGCAACAGCAACAGCAACAGCAACAGCGCGAGCACCGGCUCGGCCGGCUCGACGGCCUCUGCUCAGGCUACCGGCGCCGCCGCGCCCGCAGUUACCGCCGGCUUUGGCGGCAUUGCCGUUGCCAUCCUGGCUGGCGUACCCGCAUUCUUGUAG